CACUACGAUAGGAGUGUUGCGUAUUAUAAUAUCGAUUUACCAAUUGGGCAAGUUUUAUAUUUUGUCGAUAAGUCAACGAAAUGAACGACCAAUUCAAAUCAAUUAUGUAAAAAAAAAAGUAAACAAAAAUAAUAGAAUAAAGCCUCUGCAAAAAGUGUCAGUGACGAAAGAGUGCAGAAUAGCCAAAAAUUUGAGUGAAUCUUUUUUUCUAUUUAUAAUAAUGUGAUCUCCGAAAAUACUCGAUUCGAUGGCAGAAUAAAAGAAAAAUAUAAAGAGAAGGAAAGCAUUGGAAUUUUUUCCCAAAAAGAGAGAAAAAAAAUUCAACAGUUAAAAUGCCCUCAAAUGUUGAUAGAAAGAUGUAUUGGCACCUGGCACUAUUUCUGAUUGUUUGGAUAAAAACGGCGGCAGGUGGUAGCGAGAUUUAUGCUAAAAUGUUUUCGAGUCAACAAAUACCUUCAGAUCCGUGUUAUGAUGAGGAUCGUCCACGUCGGUGCAUUCCGGACUUUGUGAAUGCUGCGUUUGGAGCAACGGUAGAGACAUCCUCCACGUGCGGUGUAGGGGGGCCAACACGCUAUUGCGAUGUUGUCGAACAAACAUCUGGCAUAAGCGGACUGGGUCAGUGUCAUGUUUGCGAUGAUAGUACGCCAAGAAAAAGAUUUCCCCCGAGUCAUUUAACAGAUCUCAACAAUCCCAACAAUGUUACCUGCUGGCGAUCAGAGCCUUUGGUAUCCUCUCAGAGUUUCAAUGCACCACCAGACAAUGUUACAUUGACACUGUCUCUGGGUAAAAAGUAUGAACUGACAUACGUCAGUCUUCAAUUUUGCCCGAAAGCCGCCAAACCCGACUCAAUAGCAAUCUAUAAAUCGAUGGAUUACGGCAAAACCUGGCAGCCAUUUCAAUUCUACUCUUCACAAUGCAGGCGGGUCUAUGGGCGAGCAAAUCGUGCGACAAUAACCAAGGCCAACGAGCAAGAAGCAAGAUGCACAGAUAGUCACAGAUUCAGUGGUGGAGGAGAGGGCCCAGGUCCUAUCGGACGAAUAGCCUUCAGUACGCUCGAGGGAAGGCCAUCGGCAGCUGAUUUCGACAACUCGCCGGUUCUUCAGGAUUGGGUAACAGCAACUGACAUCAGGGUUGUUUUUAACCGUCUCCACAUGCCUCAACCAGACAUCUCCAAUGAGAAUCUUGGAAUUGAGGAAUUAACCAAGAGAGAGAGAGAGCGUGAGGAGAAAAUGAAGAACAAGAUUAAUCUUCUGCAUUUGGAUCCCCUAGUGACGGUACUUCCGUCUGUGCAUCAGGUACUUGCCCCUCAGGAAAUGGUCAGCAACGAUGCUCUCGACGUACAAGAGAGAAAUUUUCAUCCCGAAGUCACACCUACCACUCUCAUAACAGCCAACAGUCCAACCACUAUGGCUCAUCAUUAUGCUGUCUCUGAUUUUGCUGUUGGUGGUAGAUGCAAGUGUAAUGGACAUGCAUCUAAAUGCUCUCAGGGCAAGGACGGAGAGUUGGCCUGUGAGUGUAAGCACAAUACCGCUGGCCGAGAUUGCGAGAGAUGUAAACCCUUCCAUUUUGAUAGGCCCUGGGCUAGAGCCACCGCCAGAGACGCUAAUGAGUGCAAAGUUUGCAAUUGCAACCUUCACGCUCGGAAAUGCCGUUUCAACGUUGAGCUGUACAAAUUGUCUGGCCGAGUGAGCGGAGGCGUGUGCCUACAGUGUCGACACUUUACCGCUGGAAGACACUGCCAUUAUUGCCGCGAAGGCUACUACAGAGAUCCAACCAAACCGAUCACCCACCGCAAGGCUUGUAAACCUUGUGACUGCCAUUUGAUUGGUGCAUCUGGCAAAACGUGUAACCAAAGUACAGGUCAGUGUCCCUGCAAGGACGGUGUAACCGGAACGACUUGUAAUAGGUGCGCCAGAGGUUAUCAGCAGAGUAGAUCUCACAUUGCGCCUUGUGUCAAAAUUCCACAAGUGAUUCACACCCAGGGAAUCGCAGGAGAGGAUAAUGGGGAACACGAUGAUGAUGAUGAGCAUGGAUACGAUGGCCGAGCUGAGCAAUGUGGAAAAUGUCGCGCCAGCACCAGACGAAUGAAUCUCAACAAGUAUUGCAAACGAGACUAUGCAAUCCUUGGUCGAGUAACGGGUAGACAAAAGUCCAACGAAGUAUCGAAUUCAGCUGGAAACUCAUUCGCCAAAUUUACCCUCAAUGUCGAUCUUAUUUACAAACGAGGGGAUGACUCGAUGAUAAAACGAGGUCCCAUGGCUCUCUAUGUGCACAUGGCCGAUCUGGCCUGCAGAUGCCCCAAGAUCAAGCCAAACAAAUCAUAUCUAUUUUUGGGUCAAGAGAAUGACGGUAGUGGAUUGAAUGGGCUUGCAGUAACGCCAAAAUCAAUUGUUAUUGAGUGGCGAGACGAGUGGCAUCGGAGAAUGCGUCGCUUUCAGCGUAGAGCACGAUCGUGCCACUGAAGGAUCAAACGCCGAGGGUUAAUGUCACAAUAGAGUCCGUAACAACAAAAAAAAACCGAGGGAUAAAAAACGAAAAAAUACACUACAUACACUAUCCAUUUUCUCUCGAUUUAACUCGAGACAGGAUCGAUAAUAAGCGAGCUCUAAGUACACUCGCCAACUACUCGACAUACCCACUCAGCGGUGCUUUAACCUCCCAUUUAAUCCCCCUAUUUCUAAAACCCUGGGAAAUUCCAUUUUUUUUUCUUCCAAAAUUAUAAAAUAAUUCUGUUGUUGACUCUUUCCUCGUGCCCCUCAGCGUCCGGAGCGUGUGAAUAUAUUUCGUUAGAAAAAGGAUUCGAGGGCUCUCCAAUAUCACGGCUCACAAAUAUAGUGAGUGUAAUUGAGGGAAACAAACAUGUUUUCAUCGUCGAAUAAAAUUUAGUUACUAGCACAAAUAUCUAUCUGAUGUUUUCCGAUCAAAGGAUUUUUUUUCCAACCAUAUAAAUAUUAUUGGCUGAAUGUUUGCGCACCCACUACCAUCCACAUGAGCGGGAUUUACUGGGCGUAACGUUUACAUUUCAAAUUUUGAUUUACUCGUACCAACCGCCGGUUAGGUAUUUCAUCGUAAUUCAUGCGCUCCCUUUUAUGUUAAAUUAGAUCAAGAGGGACUAAGGAAAAACAAUGACCCAAAAUACACUUACAUCUUACGCACCGGCGAUAUUUGUGGCCUCGAAAAAGUUGGUCCCAAGAUAUUAUUGAUUUUAACAAAUGAAAGUAUUUCUGUUCGCCGAAGAGUGAGUUGCAUAAUAGCAAAGACUUUAUAACUAUUGAGACAAUUUUUUUAACGAUUUUUUUUUAUAAUUUUUUAAUGUAUUUAUUUAUUUGUCGUUUUAGCGAUUUAACUUAGAUAAUCGUGUAAUACGAAAUUCUUGUACAUUUUUUAUAAAAAGAAGGAAUACAAAGAUGAAUCAUGGCUUUUUCAGACUGUAUAUCGAUAUUAUACUUAUAGGUAGACGAUGAAACAAUUACUCAGAAAAAUAAAUCGAGUGAAUUGAGAAGAAAUAUCAAUCAUCUGUGCCACUGCGGAGUCGACAAAAGACCAAUGAAAAUACCCCCUUCACACGUUCAAAACAAUGUGUUGGAUAGUACGACUCCCUCAUACUGGACUGAUAUUUCUCCUCAAAACGAAUGAUAAGUCAUUAUAAAGUUAGAUGAAUAUUAGAAAAUUUUCUUCGCCAUGGGAGAAGAAAUAAAAACAAAUAAUUAAAAAUUAAAGAUUUGUUUUUUAUUUCUUCUCUACACCCGUGUAUCCAAUCUCAGAUGACAUUGCAAACGUCUGGUUUUCUCCAUCUUUUAUAUUUAUUAAGAUAAUAAUUACGGUAUUGUACAGUAUUUAGGGGCAGAUGACAAGAAAAGGGACACGGAGAUGAGUGAAAGCAUUGGAAAUAAUUUUUCAUUUCAAUCAAUAUCCAUUUUGUUUGAAUAAAAAAAAAAUAGAAAUGAAAUAAUUCAUGAAUCUUUCUGAACUUUUCAAAAUCAAGUUCCUAGUCGUGCCAAUACUUGAGUGAAUGAAGAAGAUGAAAUAAGUGAAUAUAUUCACAAAUAUUUCAGCAUAUCACAUUCGAUUUGAAUAACUUCCUCAAAAUGAUCAUAACACGCACGUCUAUCCCACAGCAUAAAAAAACCUCCAUUAGUUGGAGGAGAAAUAAAAAAUUAAAAUUAAGAUGACGACUGAGGAGAUAGAAUAAUCUCAAUUGCUUGGAAAAAUUCUUGUCGCCACAAGCCUAUAAACCAUGUAUGUAUAAACUCAAAUCUAAGGUAGCUUGAUUACUGAGAAUCAGAAAAAAUAUACUAUAUAUAUUCAUUACAUUCAUGAUGAUGUAGAGGCACCAUGAAAUUUCAUUUUCUAGAAGUUGAGAAAAAUUAGUGACAAAAAAUUUGCCAAAUUAAUCGGUAAAAUUUUUUCCAAGAAUCUUCGCUUGGCAUUUUUACCACAAAAAUGCUGUUAAUAUAUAUUUAAUACUGAUUGCUCCAAAAAUAUACGUAGUUACAUCCGCUGAGAGUACUAAAAACAUAAAAUUGAAUAAUAAAUAUGAUAUUUAUACUUCCCAAAUUAGUUGUAAUGAUAUUAUUAUAGUUUCCAAUUGCCAUUAUAGUGGAUUUUAACGACUCAUCAAUUGAAACACGUGAUUAAAUUAUUGAGUGUCAUUGUGGUGUAAUAAAUGUGAUUAGAUUUGAAGCGAGAA